CUCUUUCAAUUGUCAUACAAACCAUUUUUUCUUGGGGAUUUCUCUCCUUCUCGCUCUACGAAUGGCGAUUUCGCUCUCAGCAUCAACAGUUCCUUCAUUGAAUACGCGAAGCAUCAGUAAUUUGUCUGGAUAUUCGUCGUUUUCUGCUAAGCAAUUAUUCCCUUUACGGUUUCAGAGAAUUCAAAUCGGGAAGGCUGGGAUUUCCUCCUCGUCUCGGCGUCGAAACUCACUUGUGGUUGCAUCAAAGAAGCAAACAUUUUCCUCGUUUGAUGAAAUGCUGGCGACUUCUGACAAACCUGUACUAGUCGAUUUCUAUGCUACUUGGUGUGGCCCUUGUCAGUUCAUGGUUCCAAUUCUUAAUGAAGUUAGUGUUGCUCUGAAAGAUACGAUCCAGUUGGUGAAAAUCGACACUGAGAAGUACCCAAGCAUUGCAGAUAAAUACAAGAUAGAGGCAUUGCCUACUUUCAUCAUUUUCAAGGAUGGGAAACCUUGUGAUCGAUUUGAGGGUGCUUUGAAUGCUGAUCAGCUCAUUCAACGCAUUGAAAAUUUGCUAAAGGUCAAGCAAUAGUUGCGUUGACACUUGUUACAGGUUCCUUCCUUUUUUCCCUCUCCCACUAAAUUAGAGUCUUGGAGACAUUCAAAGUGUCACUUAUCUGUCAUCCAUUCUGCUGCCGUCUUUUGAUGUGGAAUAUGAACUCAAAAGGUCAUGAGAUUGCAAUAUUUAUUCAGAAUUCUUAGGGAGUCUGUUUGGUUUCUUUUUUCUUUCUUUUUUCUCUCCCUUUCUUCUAGGUUAUUGUUAUAUCAUCCCCCAGAACUGUAUUCAUUUUUUGAAACGAGGAUCGAUAGAUCCUUUCAACAUUA